GCAAGUAAGGCAAUAAAACAACACAUUUGUCUGUUUCAUCAGCACACAAGCGGGUCAUAAACAAAUCAUAUUCAACUCAUCAUGGACAUGAAGAAGGUCACUUGCGCCAUCCUCAUCGCCGCCGCCUCCAUGAGCGCAGUAGCGGCUGCCACCGAAGUUCCUGCCCCGGCUCCCGGCCCAGUCAGUGGAGCCACCGUGCCCCUUGUUGGCUCCUUGGUCGGUGCCUCGGUCUUGUCUUUCUUUGCCUUGUUCCACUAAGCCUUAUAUAUGUGGAAAAGAGGGGGCU